AUGCGUGAUGAUAUGCUUUCUAGCCGAAAUAUGUAUUUUCGAAUAAACAAUCUAUCUAUCUAUCUAUCUAUCUAUCUAUCUAUCUAUCUAUCUAUCUAUCUAUCUAUCUAUCUAUCUAUCUAUUUCUCUUCAGUAUCUAUCUAUCUAUCUAUUUCUCUUCAGUAUCUAUAUCUAUCUAUCUAUCUAUCUAUCUAUCUAUCUAUCUAUCUAUCUAUCUGUUUUUCUCCUACAAUCUUCUCAUUCUUGAUCUCUCAUAUAGCCUUUCCUGCUUCCCACUUUGCGCCUGGCUCUAUCCGUUGCCAUAGCUACCAGCCAUCAACACUUGACAGAGAGAAACAGUUAAUUCUAUCUAUCUAUCUAUCUAUCUAUCUAUCUAUCUAUCUAUCUAUCUAUCUAUUGGCAGGAUUAAGAUACAGGUACCGGUUGGCCCUUCCUUCGACCUCUCUGAUCCCUAACUGCAAAUACCCUGCCCCUACAGGGGUCGACUGCAAAUACUACAUCCUAUGCUGCUAA